AUGCCACCUCGUCGUAGACCGACCGCGUUCGAGAUAACAUAUCCAGGUGAAGUGCAAGAUGAAUCCGGGAGUGGUACAGAUGGGGGGAAUAAUCGCCGGCGUCAGCGCGAUGACGCAGAUGACUAUCAUGACUCACGCUUAAAACGUCAGAAGACGAACGAACGUCCUCGAGCACCGAGAUAUUAUCAACCGGAAAACAAUGAACUAUUGGAGACUGAAGACCUUCUCAUUGUUGGCGAAGAUCCAGGCGCGCUAGACGAUGGGCAGAAACCUACCCGGAUCCUACAUAACUUUGCGUUUUUCGACCCUACUCGUGACCUGGUCAUGGUUUCCCUUUCUUAUCUCGAUAAGCACCGCGAGAAUGAUGAUCAUAUGUUUGAGGGUGCAGGUGAGGUUACUUCAGUGCCAGAGAACGAUGAAGAUGAGGGCCAGGAAGACGACCUUGAAGACGACGAUCCCCAGUUUAUUCGCAUCACAAAUAUCCUCGGUUAUUCUAUCGACUACACCGAAGAUGAAGAUCCAAUGUACAUUGAAUCCGGCCACGCUCGGUAUCGUCUGGGUGCUCCAUCAAAGGAUUACCGACGGGAGUUCAGAGCAUUCUUCCUACCGCACCGUGUCGUUCAAGCGAUUGUGUCGUCCGUCAUACGGGAACCGGAUAUGCAAUAUCAUGACUUUCUGGCCAGUUUUUCAACCAUAGAGAUUGGCAAUAUUCGACUUGGCGAGCAAUAUCUUUGGGACAGUGUUGCUGAACUGAGAUAUGCGCUCGAGGGUCUAGAAAAUUCUCAACAACUGCGUGCCACGAAUAUAAUCCGACACCUUUUGACAGAGCCUGCGCCUCUGAUAUUGAGAUCCGUUGAACCACGUCCUCGGCUACGAGUUCCGCCAGCAGCAGUGAUUACUACCAGGGGAAGCAAAGAUAUCGCCGUCCUUCGUCCAGAAAAUCAGAAUGCGACGCAUGUAACCCCGCGAAUUGCAAAGUUAGCGACCGGGUGGUUUAGAGAACAGCUAGUGGUUGUCGGUCCACAACCUCGUGUUGAACCUGGGAUCCCGUAUGAUGACCUUCGGAAGAGGGUAACGGAAUUUGUGCAGCGAGUAUCUAUGCGGAGGGAAAUUCGAUUCCGUCCCGUGGAACAACGCGUUCAUCCAGGUUCACGCUGGCUCAAGUACAUCACAAUAGAUGGCAAUGAUUAUGCAGUUGGAGAUACCAUUGUUGUUGCCAUUGGGAACGAUGACCAGAAGAGGCCUCCCGAAUUGCCGGACCCAGAAGAUAUACCAAAAUAUGCAACCCUGGCAGACUACUUUUGGUUCGGAAAAAUUAUGUAUAUCAGUGACGAGUUUGAAAAUGUUCAUGUCGAAUGGUUCGAGCACAGCACGAAAACGGCUAUGGAGCAGCUUGGACAUCCCCAAGAAUUGUUUCUGACCAAUACAUGCAGCACUGUCGAAUUCGACCUUAUCGUCGGAAAAGUUCCGGUCCAGUUCGUCAAUCCUUCAAAAGACAUGCCUGUCGUUGGGCCUUAUAACUUUUUCUACAAGUUCAUAUAUAACAGCCUUGAUGGCUCAUUCACUGAAAUACCACAAGAACGACUGCAACACAAACGGGAAGAGCUCCCGUCCGACCACUGCCCUGUGUGCUUAAUGGUUGACGAGGGAGAGGAAGCACUCGUUCCCCACAAGAUUCACCGCGGCUUUGCAUGGAAAGACACUAAAUAUCAUCUUCGUGACAUUGUUAUGAUCAAGGCUCAGGAGGGACUGUGUCAUAUCGGUCAAAUCACCCGUAUUCAUAUUCAGAAGUCAGAUGACGAUGGUUGGGUUCGAUUAAGAAUGUUUGGAAGGAUUGACAAGUUGGGCCUUCGACCUGAGAAUGAGGUCAAGGAUGAGCGCCACCUCUUUGUCACACGAGAUAAAAUGAACUUUCCGAUCUCAAGCAUUAUUGGAAUGUGUCAUGUCUACGUGCGAGCAGCUGUGCCAGAGCUCAAAGAAUGGCUCGAAACGUCGCCUUAUCACUUCUAUGCUUGCUACUCCUUCCCAAGCCUCGAUGUGACCUCCUGGGAUCACAAACACAAACUUCUGCCUAAAGAUCUCCUAGUCUGCGGAUACUGCGCUGCAGAGAACCUGGAUGAAUGGAAGAAAGUCAAGGAAUUUUUGAAGAAGCAAAAACCCCUUCGUGCUUUAGACCCGUUCGCCGGGGCUGGAGCUUUCGGGUUGGGGUUGGAGGAAUCCGGCUGCAUCGAAGUUACACAUGCGGUCGAAAUUUCCCCGAGUGCCGCAAAGACCUUGAAAGCCAACUCUCCUAAAACGGUGGUGUAUAACCAAUGCAGCAAUCUAGUACUCGCAGCAGCGAUUAGAUCACACACCAAUCUUAACGUUCAACGAUUGGAGACAAUACAAUCUGAUAUCACAGACGAGCCAUACAUUCCCGCCCCUCCGAAACCAGAGGAGAUCGAUUGUAUCAUUGCUGGGUUUCCCUGCCAGCCCCAUUCGCGCCUGAACAUGUACGUUAAGGCAAAUGACCGCAAGAGCAACCUUAUCCUCAACGUCCUAUCAUGGGUUGACUUUAUGCAGCCAAAAUACUGCUUCUUUGAGAACGUGCGUGGGUUUCUGUCGUUCGGUCUAAAGGUACGGCAAGCCGGGCCAUAUAGAGUUAAAGGGGGUAUUGCCAUGGGCGGAUUGAAAUUCUUGAUCCGGGCGAUGACUGACAUGAACUACCAAGUGCGCUAUGGGAUCCUACAAGCUGGUCACUACGGUACUCCUCAAACACGUGUGCGAUUUUUUAUGGUCGCGGCAAAGCACGGUCAACCCCUUCCUCAGCUCCCUCAACCUACGCAUGCCUUCCCUACGGUGGACGCGCUGGGAAUCGAUUUGCCAAUUGGACACCACAUCAGACCUAUUUGGACACAGCCUGGCUACGCGCCUCACCAAUUUGUCAGUAUUGACGAUGCCAUCAGUGACCUUCCUCGAUUCGAUUGGGUAAACCCGAGACCACCCAGGGAUCCAGCCAAACGACGGGAAGAACGGGAACGCGCUCAGACGAUCCCACCUAAGAAAUGCAAGAAAGAUCGCCCCUGGUGCGGAUACUUUGGAGCGAAUGUAGAGUACGAGCAUGAGCCAAUGACGGCAUUCCAAAAGUGGUGUCGUGAAGAACCUUCUCAAGAUCUGCAACAAUAUACGCGGACCUACGAGGCCAUCAAAGUCGAGAGAGUUGUCAGUAUCCCGAUGAGGGCGGGUGCAGACUAUAGGGAACUGGCGGGGCAUCUCUGGGAGUGGCACUUCGCAAAUCCAUCUUCAGCCAUUGCACGCACGGGUUUCAAACCAGGUCUUUAUGGACGAGUUAACAAGAACAGUUAUUUUCAAGCUACUGUCACCAACGUUGAUCCAAGUGCAAAGCAAUCUCGUGUGCUCAACCCUUACUGCAAACGCAUUGUCACGGUGCGCGAACUCGCUCGGUCACAAGGCUUUCCCGAUAAGUUUGUGUUCUAUGCGGAAUAUGAUCGUGUCAUCACGAUGCAUAGACAGAUUGGUAAUGCCGUGCCAUGGCCAGUCGCGAUGGCAAUCGGCCGCGAGUUAAGGAAAGUGCUGGUGAAGAAAUGGUGGAAAGAGCGGGAGGACGCCAUAGUGGUUGACUGA